GUUAAUGUCCCUAUUAACUCGCCAUAUCUCAAUGACCCUAGUGUAGACAUUCCGAAUGUGCUUGGUGGGGAGUUGUUGCUUCCUACAAACAAAAUUGAAAAUUGCUUUCCCACAAUCACCGAAGAACAUAUUGACGUCAUUGUUGAAUUGCCUGAGUUGCCUGCUUUAACCGAUAAAUCUGUAAUACAAAUAUCAAGUGUAAACGAAGAAUACUUGGCGAAGAUUCUAGAGUAUACUGGGCUUGAUUACAAAACAACAACUCUUGAAGAGGAACUGCCAGGCCUUGACUUAAAUUUGAACGAGAGGAUUAAUGCUUUCAAAUGGUCAGACGAAGCAGAAAUAUUACAAAACGGUAGAUAUAAGACUUAUAUCACUAAUAUUCUCAAACUUGGAUCAUUUCGGAGACUUGGAAUCUAUGAUACAAUAAACGAUAAUUCCUUUCUUACUACAAGUGCUGACAUUCUUCCAAUGAAACUAUCUGGCACAACAGAUUUAGUUAUAGUAGACAGACAUUCUAUUGCCAUGCAAUUACCAGAAAAACAUAUUCGAAUCCUUUUUGAAUUAAAGAAGAUCAUUGUAAAAGCUGAUACAUUUCAAAUUAUGGCGGAAUUAAUCUCGGCGGAUUUAAAAUCAAAUUAUACUAUUUUGGCAGUGUUGACUGAUUUGAUAGAUGAUUGGCGUUUUUAUUGGCUUAACGAUAAUGAUAGAAAUAUCAUAGGGUUCAAGCUUCCAAGAGUUAAUGCUGUGGCACUGUUACGAAAAAACCUUGCAUUUGCGGAGUUAGAACAGGAGAGAUCAGAAAAUAAAGAACUGGGUCAAGAAUUGGAUCAAGUUUUGGGAAUUUCUACUUCUGAAGUGGAAGAACCACUACCAAAAAGGCAAAAGAUUAAACAAAUUUUUGGUACCGCUAACGUAAGUUCUGAUAUAGCUUCUAUGGAAGAUUUUUUUGAUACGAUGACAGAAGAAGAAAUAUUUCGAUAUAAAGCAAAGCGUCUCUUAAUUUCAUUUUUUAGCCAAAUAAACUUUAAUCAAUGGUCGGAACAAGGACAGGCUGAAGUUGAAAAAGAGAAAAAAGAGUUAGAAUAUUUUAAUGUAAAUGACUACGAUGACGGGUGA